AUGAUUAUGACUGAGUUUAGUCUCCCGAUUAUUGGGAUUAUGCGUUCUCCUUAUGUUGAAAAAUUUGGUAUUCCUCGACAACCAAAUCUGGUUCAGGUGGAGUCUUUUAUCGAAAUGUAUGCACCCUACAAUGUCUUGGAAGCAUUCGAGGGAAUCGAAGAAUUUAGUCAUUUAUGGUUGGUCUGGCAGUUUCAUGACAAUAAAAAUCAACAAGAUAAAGAUAAGUUCCGACCUCAAGUGAGGCCACCACGUUUAGGUGGAAAUAAAAAAAUCGGUGUAUUUGCAACACGCACUGUCAAAAAAGAGGGGAAUGCAGUUCGUGUAUAUGUGACAGGCAGUGACCUUUUAGAUGGUACGCCGAUUAUCGAUAUUAAACCUUAUAUUCAUUAUUCUGAUGCUGUGGAUGCGGCGCAAAGUGGUUAUGCCCAGCAUGAGCCUGUUCGUAAACAGGUUAUUUGGUCUGAGCAUGCUCAGCAAUUAAAAACUGACAUGGACCCAAAAUAUAUCGCUGAACUUGAGUCUGUACUGGCUUUAGAUCCUCGACCAGCUUAUCAGCAUGAUGAUGCGCAAGAGGCGAUCCUGAUACAGGGCAUUGAGUCGUUCAGUUAUUGA